AUGAGUAAGCAGCGAAAGCGCCACGCCCGUUCAGAUGAGAGCAGAGUUCGAAGGAUUACCAAAACUAGAGCUAGAGCAGCGCUCAAAGCAGCUAGUGCUCUCCCGAAUGAAAUUGCCAGUGAGAUCAGCCAAUCUCCCGAGUUUCCGAAAGCUCCAGCGAGUGGGAUCCCCACAGAGUCGUUGGCGGAUUCGGUUUCGAAGGUGGACGGAGAAGCUGCUAAACUCUACAAAAAAGCUGUAGAAGAGGCAUCUGAUGAAUACCAGUCUAGACGAGCGAGGAUAACCGAUGGCACGGCAAUGGCGAGCUCGGUCGAAUGGGGCCCAAUCGCAGGCUGCUCAGAUCCGAAUGAGGAGAUGGACAGAGACCAAAAAGGCAUAGCAGCGAUCAGAAAUUGUCUUGAUAUAGCCGUAUCGGAGUUGUCAGACGGUGUAUGCGGCUCUGUCUUGUCCGAAUGGACCAAACUGAACAGACAGGAGCAGGGUGAACGACAAGAUAUAUGGAGAACGGUUGGGCCAGAGAUCGAAAGACGUGCGAAACUGCUCCGGACGGAGCUUUAUGCAGCGACGAAAGUUGACGAGUCAUCAGAGAAUAACGAGAUUCGCCUUCGAGCAGCCUUACUUGAAGGAUUGCUGAAGUCCACGGGUUCCCUCUCCGAUCCUGAUGAUGUGGAGGUCCUCAGGCAAAUAAUUCAGGAGGGAGGCGUCGGUAUCGGUAUCGAUAACCCCAUAAAGGCGACUGGUAAAUGGCCGUCGAAAGCUGCUGAGGCGAGAGCAGAACCAGCACGGUUCAACCACGGUGCAGGAGGCCUGUCGAUCUUCGCGCUGGAUUCCUGGAGAAAUUACCAGAGCGCCGCAUCAUUGGAGGACGGCGUCAGAGAAUAUCUACAACACGAAGUGCAAGUCGGCAAUAUGCGGGAGUUAGAGGUGUUCCCAGAAGGGGGGAUAGUCUCAAAAAUAGCAGCAAUUGAAAAGCGACCGGGAGAGUUGAAUUCGCCAAUCAGAAUAAUAGAUGAUUUGAGACGGUCAGGCGUGAAUAGCAGAAUACGAGCGACCGAAACUUUGCAACUUCCUGGUCUGGCGACGACAGCACUUAUUAUUCAUGGACAUAAGAAAUUUCUACACGAGAAGGGGAAAAUUAGGGGUCCGAACGAAGGGGAUGAUGGCCAAGUGAUGAUCGAAAUUGAUUGUGCGGCGGCUUACAGAAAUAUACCAAUUCUACAGGAGGAGCAACGCUACUGCAUGAAUUUCAUCCCCUCCAAAACAGGGAAAGGAACCUUGAUAUGCCAUACCAAAUUACCCUUUGGUCUCUCCUCCUCGGGCCUACAGUGGGUCCGUGUCUAUGCUGGACUAGUCCAAGUUGUCAAACGCCUGCUGGCAUAUCCCCAUGGGGAAGGAGCCCAAGUCUACAUAGACGACUUGGUAUACAUAACUACGCGUAGAGCGGCCCUACAUCGUCUCCUGGCGAUAUUGUUGUUGCAUGCAGCAGUAGGGAUAAAUAUUUCCUACAACAAGGUGAGAGUUUCCUCCACACCUGUCGUGCUGGGAUAUGAGUGGAAUACGGAGCUGGGUACCGUGGCGGUACCUACGGAUCGCCAAAUCCGUCUGGUGGAGCAAAUCGAACCAUUGAGGGAAGCUUACCGAGAAGGGAAGCCCAUCAGCGUUAGGGAAUUGGAGUCCGUCGUGGGAAGGUCCGCCUGGGCCGCACAAAUAAUAUGCCAAUUCCGAGCGAAGUUGAAACCCCUGUACGGCAGAAUUGGGAUAGCUCGUCGGAAAAACCUAUGGGCGAUAAAUAUGACAGCUCAAGUGAUGGAGAGUUUGGAUUUCUUACAGCAGAUUCUAGAGGGUCCGACGAGAGUGACUUCGAAUGCAACCUCCUUACUCGGGGCCGGUUGUCUCGGGGAGGAGGGACAGAUGCCCGGAGUGGUCAUCUCAGACUCUUCGAUAAAGGCAUUUUCAGCGAGGUCUACGUGCUUCACACAUCCCUACUCACGAGAACUGGCUGGUGGAUGGGCUAUCGAGGACAACCAACCAGAAGGCAGCACGGCAGUUGAUGGAAGGCUCAUCUAUACAAGAGAAAUCCAACGUAAGAACUCAAUAAGAGAUGAGUAUCUCCGUGGGAUUACAAAGAACCUGACCGAGAACGCAAAGAGGACCGAUCGAAGAUCACGAUCAAUGACUAUCACUGACGACGACGUCGUGGGGCUACUGACGAAAGCAAGAGCACCUAAGACCAGCAAACAAUACGAAUCAAUAUUGGAAGGAUAUCGAGAAUUCCUGCUGGCGCAGAACUCACCACAAACAGUUUUCCCGCUAGUCCCAGACAUGCUAGUGAAGUACGUAGUACACUUGGUGAGGCUGGAGAGGAAGACGAGUACGAUUUCAAAGUAUAUCAGAGUACUACGUACGUUGAAUAAGUCCUGCGGUGCGACUAAGGUUUGGAGCCCAUCAGAAGAAGAGAUACUGAGACUGGCUCAGCAAGCGGUGAGGCGAGUCAGAGGCGAAGAAGCACCUAAGCAAGCACUCACUCUGACUUCAGAGCAGCUCAGAAAAGUCGCACUGUUGACGCCACAAUCAGGGAGGCGGCAGAGCACAGCGGCAUUACUUCUCGGCGUCGCCGCGUGCCUGCGACCUAAUGAACUCUUCACAUUGAGAAGCGGCGACUUCUGCUACUUGGAAGAGCAGAGGAUCUUGAAAGUCCACAUAAGGGAAGGAAAAACUGACAUAGGAAGGAUAGGAGCAACCGUCGUAGUUGGAUGCUGCUGCAGUCUAAACGUAACGAGCAGAGCGCUUACUCAGACGUUUAGCUCGAAGGCAAGUCUACUGUCGAGAUUCACGGGACGUUACAUAAAACCGGUACGAGAUCCAAGCCGCAAGAAUCCUCGAGGAUCCGUAGUAUGGGCUCCAUUACGUAAUUUACAACGAGCACUUUCAGAGUUUAUCCAGUGGGCCCUUCGCGCAGCUACGUGGGGGUCACGAGAUCAAUUGAAGGCAUUGGUAGCACCUGAUGUGGUCGGACCGUGUGUGGCCCAAACAGUUUGGGUCAUUACGGUUGAAAACACCGACGGGCCGACCAAUCACGGUGCUACCUCCCGCAACCCCGUAUUCGAUGGGAUUUCAUGGUCUACAACGUGGAUUGAGUACGGCUGUGAGGCCGAGCUCAACCACGAGAGUCGAGAGGUUCCUCGACGGGCCAGAAUAAUUUUUUUUUAUUCCCUUGAAUAUGGCGAUGCCUUCAUACUGAUCCCACCAACAUUUGGAGAACCGGACAGGUGGGCCCUUCGCGCAGCUACGUGGGGGUCACGAGAUCAAUUGAAGGCAUUGGUAGCACCUGAUGUGGUCGGACCGUGUGUGGCCCAAACAGUUUGGGUCAUUACGGUUGAAAACACCGACGGGCCGACCAAUCACGGCGGGCAUAAGUCUAAGCCUUCCUAUAUGGAGCUUUCAGUAGCUGCCGAUCUCUCUGCAGGUAGCGGCUCUCACAUCUGUGCCAACUCGACUGAUACUCCUCAUGGUUGCAGAUGGAGCUAUUCAGGUAUGAGUGAGAAUUUUUUUGGAUUGUCUCGAGAGUCGAUGGCUCUUCGAAAGCGAGGAGGGAUCUCCGCGAUGGAUAAAUUGAAGGUGGACAGACUUCGACAAGAAGGUCGCGUCCUUACGGGGAAUCAGAAGAUACUGUCGGUUUUAUUGCUUUCCCUGUUACCGCCACUACUGGAUAAAAGUCAGUAUCGGAGGCUAGAUGCGCAAUGGCUGGAUCUGCUACGACGAGGGUAUAUCGGCGUCGACGCAGCCUACCGAAUUGGAUAUCUCCUAGGUAUAAGUCCAUAUUGGUCACCCUUCAUGCACGCCAUUGGAGUGCGAUUAGUAAGACAGACUGCCCAGGAGGUCCCCCAGGGGCCCAGUUUGAAGCACCUCCUAUGGAGUCUUGUAUACGCUGUUCAAUUUGGACAGUGGUACAUGUCGGUGAGGUCCUCGUUAAGGUCGAAGGUCCUCGAAGGGCGGCCGCAAGUCGUGGUGCCACCUCCUUCGAGGCCCCGACCAGCUUCGGCUGUCAGGAGGACCGGCAAGGAUCCUGUAACGCAAUAUGAUAUGCGGGAAGAACAGAUCUUGAGACUACACGAGCCUGAUUAA